CGACACGGACCGCCACCUCUCUCUAGGCCCUUUAUCGAGUCCGUAGCAGCUCUGGUCGCGAAUUCCCUUCCAUCAGGCUGUGCGGAUGUAGCAUCUCAAGGUCCCCGGACCCCCCUCCCCCCUCCCCCUCCACACCACGUUAUACUAUAGAUUUCCCAUUCACGAUCCGUCAUGGACCGUGCCAGGAAGCGCGAACUGCGCUCCCUCAACUCUCGUGCAUGGGAUGGCGAGAAAGAUCUUGUCCCCGUGAGCAAGUCUCUCGACUCAUCCCUCAAGAAGAACACAGCUUUCAUUAAGCGACUGCGCACUGCCAUUUCCGCCGCAACCCUGAACACCUUCCUCCAAGAGAUCCGAGCUUUGAGCCUUCACAAGUACCUAUCCGAGAUCAUAUCUGCCUGCUAUGAGGGCCUGUGUCGCCUCAAAUCCCCUGGCGAGGUCGAUGCCGGCGUGGAGAUUGUCAGCGCCCUCCACCAGCGUUUCGGUCCUGCCGAAUUCACCGAGCAUCUCGGAUGGCUGCUGGGCAAGGGCAUGGCCACCCCCGACAAGAGCGCCCUCAAAACCCUGGCUGCCGAUGUUCGAGAAAAGGAGGAGAAAGACCGCCUGACCCGCCAGCGCGUCCUCCUGCGCGUCGUCACCGAGCUCUGGCUUGUCGGCGUGCUGAGGACCUUGGACCAUGUCACCCGCCCGGACGACGCCACCAAGGGGGCUACCGGCAAGGUUGCCGAGCUGAAGCACAAGACGGCCACCGGCAAGGGUGGCCCUGCCGAGCCGUUCCCCCUGGAGGUUCUGAAGGACCUCCUUGGCCAUGACCGCGAGCAUGCCAACCUGCCCUUGCUCGUCAUCUUCGUCAAGGCCUUCUCCUGGGACAUCCUCGGCGUCAAACCUGCCGGCUCCGAAGGCCGCAAGACGGUCGAGGAGGAUGGUGCGACCAUGCCCUCCAAUGGCUCGGCCCAACAUGCGACCGACUCUCUGCCCGAACCCGGUGCCGAUAAUACCGAUGCCUAUGCCCAUACCGGUGCCGAUGCCGAUGCCGAUGCCGAUGCCGAUGCCGAUGCCGAUGCUGAUGCCGGUGCCGGCGCGGACGCCGACUCUGCGCACCAGCCUUUCACCCCUCCCGACCUCCGGGAAAAAUUCAAAAACGUCCUCAAGCGAUACUUUGAAGACGUCAAGGGCCAUCUCAUCCGCGACCAAAAGGCGAUCCACGCGCAAGCUCGCCGAAACGCCGAGGCUUACGUCAAGUCGGGCGAGGUCUUCGAAGACCGGCAGGCGAACUUUGAGAAGCAAGUCAAGGCCCAGGAGCGACUGGUUGCCAAUGCCCAGGCCAUUGCCGACGUCAUCGGUGCCGAGAUGCCCGACCUCAAGGACAACGAGGAUUCUGGCGCAGGCAACGGCUCCAUCGGUCUUCUCAAGACCGGGGAGUAUCUCAAGGGCUUGGCCGACGGCGCUGGUAUCUGGGAAGACGAGGACGAGAGACGCUUCUACGAAAACCUCGUCGACCUAAAGGGCAAGGUGCCGGCCAUUCUGCUCGAAGAUGGCAAGAAGAAAAAGCCCGAAAACGACGAGCAGCAGGUCGGCAAGAAGCCUACCGACGCGGCUGAGGGCACCGAGCCCCUGAAGCCGCCCGAAGCGAUGGACGAGCAGUCGUUGGCCAUCGCCAACAAGACCAUCGGCGCCCAGGUCGAUGCUAUCAUCGCCCGCCUCCCCGACCUGACCACCAAGGAGGCCAUCGACGAAACGGCCGUCGACUUUUGCUUCCUCAAUUCGAAAGCCUCCCGGAACCGGCUCAUCAAGGCCCUGACCGAAGUUCCCAAGGGCCGAGGCGAUCUCCUGCCCUGUUGGGCGAGGCUGGCCGCCACCUUGGGCCAGUACAUGCCUGACAUCCCCAAGGGUCUCGUCGACUACCUGGAUGCCGAGUUUCGCAGCCUCCAGAGGCGCAAGGAAAAGGAAUUCCUCGGGCAGGUCCGCCUCGCCAACAUUCGGUACCUCGCUGAGCUUACCAAGUUUGGCGUCGUCCCCGAGCACGUUGUCUUCCACUGCCUCAAGGUUAGUAUGGACGACUUCUCCAAGAUGAACAUCGAGAUCAUCUGCAACCUGCUCGAGAACUGCGGGCGAUACUUGUUGCGCAACCCGGACACGUCGCCCCGCAUGGCCACCUUCCUCGAGACCCUCCAGCGGAAGAAGUCGGUCCAGCACAUCGGCCAAACCGAGCGCAUGCUCAUCGAGAACGCCGUGUACUACGUCGACCCGCCCGAGCGGCCUGCCAUUGAGCAGAAAGAGAGGACGCCCAUGGACCUGUUCAUUCGCCGGCUGAUCUACAUGGACAUGACGAAACGAAACGUCAGCAAGAUCCUGAAGCAGAUCCGGAGGCUGCACUGGGAGGAGUCGGACGUCGUAGGUAUCCUCGAGAAGGUGUUCUCCAGGCCAGGCCGUGUUAAGUACGGGAAUAUCCACCUCUUGGCCAUCCUAAUGGGCGCUCUCUACCGUUACCAUGCGUCGUUCGUCAUUCGAGUCAUCGACAACGUGAUCGAGUCCGUCGUCUUCGGUCUAGAAAUCAACGACUACAAGUAUUACCAACGGCGCAUCGCGGAGGUCAAGUACCUAGGCGAACUUUACAACUACAGGAUGGUGGAGCACCCGGUCAUCUUCGAUACCAUGUACAAGAUCGUGACGUUUGGACACGGCGGCCCUCCCGUCCCCGGCCGAAUCAACCCCUUGGACCCGCCCGACGAUUUCUUCCGGAUCCGACUGAUCGCGACCAUCUUGGAGACGUGCGGUAUGUACUUCGCCAAAGGUGCGGCCGGCAAGAAGUUGGACUAUUUCCUGUCCUUCUUCCAAUACUACAUCCACACCAAGCAGAUGUUGCCCAUGGACAUGGAAUUCAUCGUACAGGACACUUUCUCCCUGACGCGGCCCCAAUGGAAGCUCGCCACCAAUCUGGAAGAAGCGGCCAAGACGUUCCAGCUCGCCAUCGCGCAAGACCAGAAACUCUCGGGUGCCGAGAAGGCCGCAGCCGAAGCCGAGGCAGCCGAGGCGGACGACGCUUCUUCCGCGUCUUCCGACGACGACGAGGACGGCGAUCCGGAUCUGCCCGAAGGCGAAGCGGACGGUGACGAAGACGCGUCCGAGUCGGACGAGAACGAGAUGGGCCACGAAGACGAGGAACAUGCGGGCUCGGGGCGAGACUCCCACUCGAACUCGGACGACGAGGCCAUCGUCGUUACGCGGCAAGAGCAAUACAUUGAUCCGGAGGAGGAGGCCGAGUUUGAGCGGGAGUACGCCAGGAUGAUGGCUGAGAGUCUGGAAUCCCGCAAGUUUGAGCGCAAGCCGCUGUUUGACGUCCCCUUGCCGGUGCGGCCCAAGACCAAGGAUCUCUCUAGCUCGAACGACCCGGCGGCAUCGGGACCUGGUCCUGGCCCUGGCCCUACCAUGGCAUUCUCGCUUUUGACGAAGAAGGGCAACCGCCAACAGGUAAACCCGUCCAAUAGAAUAAGAAGAAGAAAAAGGAGAAAGAAAAAAAGGAAAAAUUGGGAACUGACAACAGUGGAUUCAUAGACACGCACGGUGGAAGUGCCAUCCGAUUCGACGUUCGCUGUCGCGAUGAAGAACCAGCAGCAGGCCGAGAAAGAGGAGCAACAGCGCAUCAAGAACCUCGUACUCAAUUACGAAAUUCGGGAGAACGAAGAACAAGACGUUCAAGAGAAGCCGAGCAGUUAUCACUACAACCGG